AUAUUGUGUACUCAUUCGUUCCCAUAGUAAAAUCGCACCGGAAAAUCGACGCGAAUGCAAUUAGAAAAAACGAAACGUCGGUAAUUUCAGGCGAAUCAGGCGAAUCAGAACAGAAGCAAAAGCGGAAUCGAACGAACGUCGACUCGAGUGUUUGCGCUGGAGUAGCUCAAAGAAAACGAACGUCGAAAAAUUGUUAAAAAAAGUAUAAAUAAGAGAAAACAUUUUUUCUUUUCAUUUAUUUGCGAAUAAAGAACGGGUUAAGUUUGAGAGCAGAACAAAGAGAUAAUAGCAAUAAUAGAAGAAGGAUAUAAAAAUAAUUACAACGGCAGCCAGCGCACGCAUAUUGACAGAAGAAAAAGGUGUGAAAGAGAAAGAGAACGCAGUCAAUAAGGCGAUAUCAAAUUGUCGGACGUUGUUUUUGAACAAAAAUAUAUACAAAACAAAAAUACAUGCAUGCAUAAAUAGUAUUAACGUAAUACUAUUAUACGUAUAUGCAUAAUAAUUAAUAGCAUUUUCGCACCACAACUUCAAGGAAAUCAGGAAGUUUUACAGAAGCUUCAGAGCAACAGUCUAAAUUUUUGUGUAGCAGACAAAUAAGACGUUGGAUCAUAUACAUUUAAAUCGACAACAGACAACAAAUAAUUAAUAUAACGUUAUUUAGCAGCCAUAAAUAAGCGUAAAACAAGCAACAAAAAUGACUGAAGUUGAACAGCAGCCACCGCCACAGAACGGCAUAGACCUUUCCGCCGCCGAGGAGGAUGAUAGCAGUAAAGCGCGACCAGCAGAUAUUGAGCAGGAUAUGCGUGAAAUGGAGCGUCGCAAGCGUGUUGAAGCCAUUAUGGGUUCGAAACUCUUUCGUGAAGAAUUGGAACGCAUUGUGGACUCGGCACGUGAUGGUGGCGGUAUUUUACAACAAUUGUCGGACAUAAUGGGCGUACCCACAUCGACACGUGUGGGUAAUGUCUUUAAGGCGACCAAUUGUAUGUUGCCAAUUAAUGAUAUACGCGGCGUGGAAUCCAUGGGCUAUGCUAAGGGUGAAAAGAUUUUACGUUGUAAAUUGGCUGCCACAUUCCGUUUGUUGGAUUUGUAUGGUUGGACGCAAGGUUUGGGUGCACAAAUCACUGCACGUCUUAAGGUUGAUCAGGAGAAUUUCCUGGUGAAUCCAUAUGGCAUGAUGUAUCAUGAAAUAACGGCGUCGUCGUUGAAUAAGGUCGAUAUGCAGGGUCAGGUUGUGGAGCAGGGCACCACCAAUUUCGGUGUGAAUAAGAAUCAUUUUGCCUUGCAUUCGGUGGUGCAUGCCGCCCGUCCCGAUAUACGUUGCGCCAUUUAUAUUGGCUGCACACCCGUCGUUGCCGUCUCCUCGCUGAAGGUCGGUCUACUGCCAUUGACACGUGACGCCUGCGUUUUGGGCGAAGUAACCACACACUCAUACACGGGCACCUACAUGGAUGACGAUGAACGUGAUCGUUUGGUGCGCGCACUCGGUCCCAACUCGAAGGUGUUGAUACUCAGUAAUUAUGGUGCAUUGUGUUGUGGUGAAACGAUUGAGGAGGCAUUCUUUGCUGCCAGCCAUAUUGUGAAGGCAUGUGAAACACAAUUACAGCUACUGCCAGUCGGUGUGGAUAAUUUGGUAUUGAUACCGGAGGAGUCGCGUAAAGCGAUUUAUGUAGAUGCACGCCGCCCACCAGAAGAUUUGGAGAAGAAAUUCGCUGCCGCUGUCGCAACAGUUGAGGCAAAUGCUGCAGAAGCAGCUGCCACCGCCGCCGCCAACACUGAGGGUGGUGCUGUUGCUACAAAGAACACCACUCAAGCACCCAAGUGGCGCGUUGGUGGCGCUGAAUUUGAGGCACUUAUGCGCAUGCUCGACAAUGCCGGCUAUCGCACCGGUUACAUUUAUCGUCAUCCGUUGAUCAAAACGGAUCCGCCAAAACCGAAGAAUGAUGUGGAACUGCCACCAGCGGUUAGUUCGCUGGGUUAUCUACUCGAAGAGGAGGAACUACUCAAGCAGGGCAUCUGGAAGAAGGGUGAUUUGCGUAAGGGCGGCGAUCGCAGCCGAUGGCUUAACUCGCCAAAUGUCUAUCAGAAGGUUGAAGUACUGGAAACUGGCACACCCGAUCCCAAGAAGAUUACAAAGUGGGUAGCUGAAGGUUCACCAACACAUUCGACACCAGUACGCAUCGAAGAUCCUUUGCAAUUUGUACCAGCGGGCACAAAUCCAAAAGAGUUCAGGCGCUUACAACAACAAAUCAAAGACAAUCGUCGCGCUGAUAAAAUAUCCGCCGGUCCACAAUCACACAUUUUGGAGGGUGUCACAUGGGACGAGGCUAAUCGCAUUAAGGAUGCUACCGUUUCAUCGGCUGGUGAUCAUGUUGUGCUAAUGGGUGCCGCUUCUAAGGGUAUUAUACAACGUGGCUAUCAACAUAAUGCGGCUGUUUAUAAGGCGCCAUAUGCUAAAAAUCCAUUCGAUAAUGUUACCGAUGAUGAAUUGAAUGAAUACAAACGUACGGUGGAGCGUAAGAAGAAGAGUAUUCAUGGCGAAUAUACCGAUACCGAUUUCUCCGAAUCAGAGCCACUGAGUUCGAUGCCAAUAUCGGCACCACAACAGACGAAACAAAUAACAAUCGCAACUGCCGCAGUUAGUCAAUCAGAACCAGAAGAUGUUUCAGAACACCAAGUGAUGAGAAUAGAAACCCAACAAGCGCCAGUUCCAAGCCAACCCGAAGUAGUAUUGAGCGAUGACAUAGAAAAUCCCAAUAGAAGUUUCGAAAGUGAAGACGGAGAAGAAGAAGAAUACACAAAUAUAGCCAAUAAUGAAAAGAUCGACGAAAUUUCCAACAACAAUAAUAGCAUAAAUAACAAUUUAGAUAACAACAACAAUCAAUUUCGUGUGCAUGAAAAUAACGGUAUAAAUUUAAGUAAUAAUAUGAGUUUAGGCAAUGCUGCAAGAACGCCAGAAAGCAACUAUCAGUCUAAUAAAGAGAAUAUCUUUUGCGGCGAUGCAAACAUCAAGCGCAAUCCAGCGCUGAUAGCCGAGCUCAAGCGAGAUCAGUUGUUUCAGCGUCAGAAAUACAAAUUACAACCACAAAAUUAUGAUUUUUUAGAGUGCACAAAUAGGCAGGGUAAUAGCAGCCGUAGACGGUCGAGUAGUGGGGAGGGUGAAAAGUGUGCAGGUCACGUUGGUGACAGUGACGGUGAGUACGGUGAUCCUAUGCCUCAGCGUUCCGCUGUUGAGUCGGGAGGUUUUUGUCCCAUACAACCAGUAGAGCCGCAUGUCAAUGCGAACGCUGCAAUUGUACCACAGCAACCACAGUUCAUUUACACUGAUCCCAAUAAUAACAGCAUUCCCGCAGACGUUGGCGUUGGUGGUUGUGCCGCAACUGCUGCUGGUGGUUGUAGUGCACAUGCGCAACUCCUUCACUGCCCACGCAAUCAUCAACGUCAACAGCCGCUGCCCACAGUCAGUUUACCGGGUUUCGAACAGACUUUCGGUCACUUGUUCGGUCGUCCCGCCAACGAGAUGUGUACCGCCUAUUAUUACGAUAACUACGCUGCACCUUAUUAUGAGUCCGUCUACGAUAAGUCAUUUUGUCAAGCAGACGCUGCUAAUCGCGCUGCAUCCGUGAUCACCACCAACACCGACACUGACGAAGCCGAAAAUCCAUAUAAGAAAUCGAUCGCGUGCUGCACGCCUGCUGUGUGUGACAGCAUCUUUGAGUCGUUGCGGCGGCCGUGUUCCUCAAAUGAUAAUAAUCUCAUCUUCAAUAUACCAUUCACAACUGAAGCGGCCGACACGACUAGCACUUCGGUGAGCACACCACGCAAAACACGCUAUGACUUGCCGCAGAAAGCCGGAAAAAAUGCGCAGAGCCCAACCACCAACACCAGUCCCUACCGUACACUCUCGCAUUUCGGUUUCAAUUCGCCGCAACGUGAUCCACAGCCCGACCACAAGCAUAUACCACCGUCGACCGAGCGAAAGAAGUACGUGCCUUUACGUAAGUCAAUUUCCUAUGAGGAGAUCUUCUCAUCACCGCGUUAUGUCGACCUCUGUGAAUACUGUUUUGAGAAGAUCGUGCGGUUGAAGCCGGAAAUUGCACAACAAACCCAAAUGCGUCUGCGCAAUUUGUGCGAUUAUAAUUCAACGGUUAGCGUCGCAACAGCGCGCGUGCACGGCGGCACCUGCCCGGGUAUUAUGUAUACACAAAGCACCGACGGUGUGGCAUAUGACUACGUUGAGUAUGCGAGUUCUGACACUACAGAGGAGACUCUGCCACCCUUCUCAUCACAACUUGAGCCGGUGUUGGAGGUUGUGGAGGAAGUCGAGCCGGAUAGCAAUGAAGAUGGGCGCAACGUGUUAAAGUCCUUACCGGCAAUAAGCACGCAAACACCAUUGCAUCGCACCUCCUCGAAUUCAAGUUUCAUUGAGAAGAUUAUGCGUCUGAAUUAUUCGGAAGAAUCUUUGAAUUGGAACUUUGCGCAUGCGCCACACAAAGUUGCGAGCAGCACCAAUCUCACUUUGGAACUGGAACAUGCUAUGACAGAGAAGAGCCAAAACCAAUCAGAAACCGGUGGUAAGGUGUGUGAACCAAGCACGGAGACCAAACACUACAAUACCGAGCGUGAGUCUAAGUUGGAGUGUGCAAAUAUGGAAAAUGCUAUAACCAGACACGUAAAUGUUGAGGAGCCAACGGCAUCAGCAACAUCAUCAGAUGACGUGCAGCACCGAAGACGUGUAUCUGUCACGGAGAUUUGGGAAUUUAUGCAGUGGCCCGAGGAGGAUACCGACGAGAAGGUACAAGGAGAAAACUCCAAAGACAAACAACACGCCGCAACUGUUGCCGACCAAGGUCUUGAAGGCGGCGCCAUUUGUUUACACUACGAAAAUGCGCGUGAAAGCUUGUCCAACAAUAUAAACGCCAGGGAAAAUGCCAGUCCAUUUGAGAACAACACGCCACAACGUGCAGAUAACGCAUACCCGCAACGUAACACAACCAACACGACGGCUUCCGAAGAAUCGGCAAAGGAUGAGCGCCGACGUUCUUUGAUGACGCGCGAAGAGCGAAGCCGUCGAAAACUCGUCUUUCAGGAACUUUGUGAAGAUCAUAUUUUCUUUAUGGAUGGCAAAGAGUUUAGUAGAGCAUUGAGUGAUACCGAGUCUGCGAUUGAUGGGCAGCAAGAACAAGCUGUCGCCAGUGUAAGAUCCAGGCAGGACGACGAGCACACGGCUGAGAGCGUUGACGGAGUGGAAGAGUUCUUGCUAAAGCAGAUGGAAGAACACAACUCAGCGCAAUCAACGUCUUUGCUUGCAGAGUCUGAGGUCUUCAAUAGUCGCAGUGUUGUCCUGAAGAAUUGUACGCAGCGUAUGUGCAAUGAAUACGAGGAUUUGGAUAAGAUCACAAAGUCGGAGAUUCUUAUGAAACUACAGAAAACGGAAGUGAGACGCUUCUCAGUUCACGACUUGGCGUAUGCACGCAGAGAGUAUGAGACAUCAAUAACUCAGGCGGGCUUAGAAGCUCAGGAAAGUGUAGAAAACGAAACGUCAAACAACGAGCUCGAUUCGCCGCGCGCGCAGUCAGGAUUGGUGACAGAGGAUUUUACAUCUUUGAACGACCUAGACACAUCCGGCAGUGACGACGAUCAAUCCGCACGCACAUAUAAUCUUAACGCUACAAGGGAGGCGUUGUUUUUUCGUCAAGAUAAGUUGGGUAAAACUGCUGCUGACGCUACUAGUUGUGGAGUUGGUAGCGAAGCUGGUGAAAUUGAUUACGCGAAAGUUGGAGUAAAUCUAAAGAGGAACAAGAAGAAAGUUACAAGCAUAUGCCCGGAACGUUUUAUUCCAGAGCAUGAUUCCGGACUUAUAUAUGCCACUUCAAAACCGAUACCAACGGGCAUAGAGCGUGCCAAAGCUGGUAUGGCGCUACCCACAGAUGAGCCCAAAAACAAAACCGUUGACAAUACGGAUAGCGACGUUGGCAACUUACCAAAUGUGAGACGCGUCGCACAGCUAACAGCUGAAGCGCUCAAUGAGCCUUCCAGUGAAGUGUAUACUGCGCCGAGAACCACCAAACGUACACGCCGUAAGGUGUUAAAUGUACUUAGCAAAUCACCUAGCUGCGAAGCCUCUACAUCGCUGCAAGCCGCACAACGUACUACAGAGGAAGCGGUGAACUUAAUGUACGCUCCCAAAUCCGAAGGGCUCUGUAGCGCAAACACAUCGUCGCCUAUUUCUCCCACACCACUUGUGGUCACGCAGGAAACAGAGAGUGAAGAUAACGACGAUAUGGCGUUCGCUGAGUUAUUGGAGUCCGACGAGCAUGAGGAUCUCACCAAAAUGAGCGAAGAAUUCGAAGAGUUGCUCUUGAAUGUAGAGAACUUGCAAUCGCAGACACAGAGACGCCAAUGCGGCGGAGCUGUGGAAGAUAAUAUAGAAAUUGAAGAGGGAGAGGAGGAGGAGGAGCUCGUAGGCGCAGUAGACAGUCACUUCAAUGCAAUGGAACGCAAGAUAUUGCGAAAAAUCAGAGAAAACCAGCUGCAAGGUAGUGAGGAGAUCUUCGAUAAAAUAGAAAUGACGAUACGCAAUAAGAUGACGCCUGCACAGCUGGAACAGCUGAUUAAAGAACAGUCACUAAAUAUGACCAACGAUCUAAUGGCGGAUGAGUCGAAAAGUUCACACAGCACAUUCACAGCAUCUACAAGCGGUUCGAGGUUUUUAUCUGCACAAACCACAUUGGGCGAGUCGGGCGGUGAUAGUUUCAUGCAGGAGCACACAAAAAACGACAUACCCGACCCAGAUGCAGCAGCACAUCAGAGUAGUUGCAGCGUUGAAGAAGCUGUGGGAGGCAGCACACGUAUAUACUACCGCCGAAGUGUCGAUACGAAAUCCACAGGUGAGGAGACCACCGAGUGUGCCAACCGGUCACUGAAUUUACGACGUUCGCGUUCUUUAACACCAUCCACAGGCAGUUGUGAGCUCUACUCACCACCAGCUAAACUGAAUAGAACCACAACACCGUCACGAGACGAACAACCUUGCACAUCGUGGAGCGCACGGCUUUCGAAAAGUGGCGACGACGAUACUUCUGCUGGCUGUAAACAGCAUAAGAUAGGUGGCGGCGCACGUACGUCAACUAGAUGGCCACACGUCAGCAGCUCUACGCCUGAAAUUAAGGCAACUAAACGUAAUUUCAUUUUGGAAAAUAUACGUAAUGCCUCCUUGCCGAGACGCACCCCCACGAGUGCGGGUAGUAGCGGCGGUAGUGGUGGCUGCAGCCUCAAACGUUUACAGGGCAAUGCGCAGGCCAUAUUUUGUAAGAAUCCCUUCGGACCACGCAAUUCAGUGAGCAAUUGCAGUAAAAUGCUCUUCACCAGCAUCUCCAACAGCAGUUUGACCAGCUCCACUGCGUCCUCUAGUCGUACGGUCGUCAAAAGUAGCAGUCGUCAGUUGAAUAAACAACCAAGUCCACGAAAUUCCUUAACGGGCGUUUAUACCUUUCAAUCGAAGCUCGUGCGCGGUUCACCCCGCUUCUGGGUGAGUCUUACGCAGCCGCCGAGUAAGAAAUUACUAACACAAAAGCGACGCAGGCGUUCGCACCAUCAUGUGUUGUGUGUAGAGUCAAAUGACUCCACUGGCAGUUUAUGCGAACAAAGUGGGAUGAGAGAUAAGGAGGACGAUGUGGAGGAUGUGGAGGACAACGAUAUGGAGGAGAAGGAAGAUAAUACGGCAUCGAGGUGUGGUGAUGAGUUGGAAGAGGGGAUCUUCGAAGCGGCGUCUUAUGCCGAGGGAGAUGAAGCUGGCUGCAACGACAAUGAUGAUAAUUCUCGUACCGCCAGCAAUGGUGUACAACAUGAGCUUGCUGAGUUGGGUGAAAAAAUACAACAAAUUCAUCCGCGACUCGAUAACUACAAGCGUAAAAUGCGCGAUUUCGGUGAACAUGUUGCCAAGUGCACGCGUCAGAUGGACGAAUGUAUUGCUGUGCAGGGCGAGAUUGUCGAGGAGCGGCGUCAAUUGCGCGAACAGAUGGUGUUGCAGCAAUAUGCGGAGAGUGUUAUGUGUCAAGUGCAUACGUAUUCCAUCUCAGAGACGGAGGAUUAACAAGUGCGACGUUGCUGGGCUAGGCUGUACGGGCUCGCGCUGUUGGCGGUUAGCUGGCGGUGUUUGUAUGGCAUGGCUUGGGUUGGCGAAUUUUAAAGAAGAAUAGCAUCUGUCCUUUUUUUAUCAGGGUGUGCCUUAUUUCUAAUCUAAAUUUUUUUCAAUAAUUUCUAACUU